AUGGCUAAAUGCACUCAAGACCGAGUGGAUUCAGUGCAAGCCGCCGCACGUGAGGACAGACAAUCGGUUAUCAAUCUGAAGAAACAACUUGACCUACUCACGACAAAGCUCACAGAUCUGGAGGACAGGGGUCGCAGGAAUAACAUCAGGCUUGUUGGCUUACCUGAAAUGACGGAGGGCUCCGAUACAGUCGGCUACAUUAAGGCUAAUCUCCCCAAGUGGAUUCCGUCGCUGGAGGGGUGUGACAUCGACAAUGAAUAUUACCGUUAUGAUUCACAAGAUGCUGAUAAAUCGGAGGAAGAGCAACGAUCCUCAGUUCCCAUUAGGCCCACUGUGACUGUGCAGCCAUUCUGGACUCAGAUAUACAGCGGUGAGACAGUCACUGUGAGAUGUGAGAUUCAGGGAGGUGAAGGAGCUCAGUGGACGUAUGAAUGGAGACCACCCAACCUAAACACACCUCCAACAUCCAGUGAACACAAAAUCACAGUUACUGAGUCUGACAGUGGAGGAUACAGCUGCCGGGGUGGAAGAACCUCCUCCUGGACAGAGUGGAGUGAUACCAUCACAUUGACAGUAAUAGCUCCUCCUAAGCCCACUGUGACCCUGCAGCCAUCCUGGACUCAGAUAUACAGCGGUGAGACAGUCACUGUCAGAUGUGAGAUUCAGGAAGGUGAAGGAGCUCAGUGGACGUAUGAAUGGAGACGAGGCCAGUCAAACAUAUCUGAAACAUCCAGUGAAUACACAAUCAGCAGAGCUACUAAGUCUCAUGUUGGAGGAUACAGCUGUCGGGGCAGAAGAGACUCUUCCUGGACAGACUGGAGUGAUAUCACCACAUUGACUGUAUUACCUCCUCCUAAGCCCACUGUGACCCUGCAGCCAUCCUGGACUCAGAUAUACAGAGGUGAGACAGUCACUGUCAGAUGUGAGAUUCAGGGAGGUGGAAGAGCUCAGUGGACGUAUGAAUGGAGACGAGGCAAAGUAAACAUAUCUGAAACAUCCAGUGAAUACAGAAUCAACAGAGUUACUGAGUCUGAUGGUGGAGGAUACAGCUGCCGGGGCACAAGAAGCUCCUCCUGGACAGACUGGAGUGAUAUCACCACAUUGACUGUAUUACGAGAGACUGCUCUGCUACGUUAG